AAAUGUGCUAUGCCUGGGUGUACCAGCCAGUACAAGAACGUCCGCGGUCACGGGUCCUCCCCAGUGUUCUCUCCGUGCGUGGCGAGUGACGCGAGUGUGAGCGAGGUCGAGUAGAGUCGUCUGCUUUUGCUAAACUCCUGUAAGGCCGCCGAGGGUGGUUCCGUUUUGCCGCGAUGCCGAACAUAAUAAAUGACAUAAAGCUGGACUUUAAGGACGUGCUGCUGCGCCCGAAGCGGAGCACAUUGAACAGCCGAGCGGAUGUAGACCUUUUCAGAGAGAUUACAUUUCGCAAUUCUAAACAAACAUAUAGAGGAAUUCCCGUGAUGGCUUCUAAUAUGGACACAGUCGGAACGUUUGAAAUGGCAAAAGCUUUAUCAAAGCAUGGUCUUUUUACUACGGUUCAUAAAUAUUAUACCGCAGAUGAGUGGAAAGAUUUUGUCGCGUUAAAUCCCGAUUGCGUAAAAAAUGUAGCGGCCAGUUCAGGAACGGGAAAGGACGAUUACGAACGGCUCGCGAGCAUUUUGGAAGUUGUGCCGGAAUUGUCAUUCAUAUGCCUAGACGUUGCGAACGGAUACACGCAGCAUUUCGUGGAAUAUGUGAGGAAAAUAAGAGCGCGAUAUCCGAAUCACACUAUAAUUGCAGGAAAUGUUGUGACAGGAGAAAUGGUGGAGGAACUGAUACUCUCUGGAGCGGAUAUAAUUAAAAUAGGAAUUGGUCCCGGUUCCGUGUGCACAACGCGGAUGAAAACCGGUGUCGGUUAUCCGCAGCUGAGCGCCGUGAUUGAAUGCGCGGAUGCGGCGCACGGCUUGAAGGGCCACAUUAUCGCCGACGGCGGAUGCACUUGCCCCGGAGAUCUAGCGAAAGCGUUCGGCGGCGGCGCGGACUUUGUCAUGGCGGGCGGAAUAUUCGCGGGUCACGAGGAAUGCGGCGGUGAAGUUAUCGAAAAGAACGGGAAGAAGUUCAAGCUCUUUUACGGGAUGUCCUCCAAUACAGCCAUGAGGAAGCACGUCGGUGGUGUUGCAGACUACAGAUCCUCGGAAGGGAAAACCGUCGAAGUGCCUUACAGAGGUUUGGUCGAGAACACCGUGCUGGAUAUCCUGGGCGGCCUAAGAUCCGCUUGCACUUACACAGGAGCCGAGCGUUUGCGCGAAUUACCGCGACGAGCGACGUUCGUGCGUUGCACGCAACAAUUAAAUCCCAUGUACGGACCGCCCCCAGAAAUGUAAAGCUUAUAAUUAUUAAAUUGUGCUCCUUAGUAAAAAAAAAAAGGCUUAGGAAAGGAAGUUUUAAACGCCAAUAUUUGUUGAUCGUGUAUUAUUUGCUGGCAAAUAAUAUUUAUAUAUAUAUAUGGAUGAAAAUGCAGUCUUGUAAAAUAUUUACCAUUGUAUCGUGCGCCGACGUCUAAGUAUUACGAAUUAAUUCUUAAAGUAUGCUCAAGUGGAAGAACGUUAUACAAUAAUCCUUCAUGCACAAAUAAAGAAUUUCGUUACAUUAA